CACCGCCCCGGCCCGCGGGGCUGCCCCCGCACCGCCCCGCCAUGGUGGCGCAUGACGAGCUGGGCGGCCUCCUCCCCAUCAAGCGCACCAUCCGCGUGCUGGACGCGCACAACCAGGCGUCCCGCGAGCAGGAGGAGCCCAGCAAUAAGCGAGUUCGACCUCUAGCUCGGGUGACGUCCUUGGCAAACUUGAUCUCUCCUGUAAGAAAUGGUGCAGUUCGGCGCUUUGGUCAGACAAUACAGUCAUUUGCCCUCCGUGGUGACAGCAAGUCCCCUGGCUUUGCCCACAAGUUAUGUAGCAGGACAGCUGCUCCCACACCACCGAAGAGAAGAAACAGCGUGCUUUGGUCUGAGACGUUAGAUGUUAACAUGAAGGAGACUCUGAGCACCAAAGAAAUCAAGCGCCAGGAGGCAAUAUAUGAACUGUCCAGGGGAGAACAGGAUUUAAUUGAAGAUCUUAAGCUUGCUAGAAAGGCUUAUCAUGACCCCAUGUUGAAGCUGUCUAUCAUGUCAGAGGAGGAACUGACUCACAUAUUCGGGGACUUGGAUUCAUAUAUCCCUCUCCAUGAAGACUUCUUGGCAAGGUUAGGAGAAGCAACAAGACCAGAUGGAACAGUGGAGCAGAUCGGGCCCAUUCUUGUCAAAUGGUUACCAGGACUGAAUGCCUACAAAGGCUAUUGCAGUAACCAACUGGCAGCCAAAGCUCUUCUGGAUCAGAAGAAGCAAGACCGAAGAGUCCAGGACUUCCUUCAGCGCUGUCUUGAAUCCCCUUUCAGCCGCAAGCUGGACCUGUGGAGCUUCCUGGAUAUCCCUCGAAGUCGGCUAGUCAAAUACCCACUGCUCUUGAAAGAAAUUCUUAAACAUACUCCAAAAGAUCAUCCUGAUGUCCAAAUUCUGAAAGAAGCUAUCACUAUAAUCCAAAGAGUCCUCUCAGACAUCAACUUGAAGAAGGGAGAGUCAGAGUGCCAGUAUUAUAUUGACAAACUGGAGUAUCUGGAUGACAAGCAGAAGGACCCUAGAAUUGAAACCAGCAAGGUGUUGCUGUGCCAUGGGGAGCUGAAGAAUAAGAAUGGCCACAAACUGUACGUCUUCCUCUUCCAAGACAUCCUGGUCUUAACACGGCCGGUGACUCGGAACGAGCGUCACUCCUACCAGGUGUACAGACAACCGAUCCCAGUUCAGGAGUUGGUGCUGGAGGAUCUGCAGGAUGGGGACGUGAAAAUGGGAGGAUCCUUCAGGGGAGCUUUCGGCAAUUCAGAUAAAGCAAAAAAUAUCUUCAGAGUUCGCUUCCAAGACCCCAGCCCAGGCCAAUCCCACACGCUACAAGCCAACGACAUCUUCCACAAGCAGCAGUGGGUUAAUUGCAUCAGAACGGCCAUCAUGCCCUUCCAGCGGACUACUGCCUCCUCGGCAGACCUGAAGGAGCUGCCGGAGCUCAGCGAGGAGUCGGAAGAGAACAACUCAGCUGCAUCCAACACCAAGGUCCAGAGGAGGCAGUCGGCCAUGUCUGGAAUCCUUGAGAUGGAGAUAGACGAAAACACCGCUGAAUGUUGCUCGACUGUGGACACAGACGAAGCCGAGAACGGGAAAACGCACAGAACGUUCUCCGGGCACAGGAAAGUGAGAGAGAAGCAGCUCAGCAGCAAACGGAAAGAAACGCUAGUUUAAGAAGGAGCCAAAGGACUUCUUUGAGGAAGAAUUGUUUAUUUAUAAAUAAUGUGUACAUUUUUUCUUGUAACGUGAGCAUAAUGAGGUUACUCUGCUGAACAAACAUGUCUUUGUGUGAACGUGUGUGUGUGUGUGUGUGUGUGUGUGUGUGUUUUGUACGUGUGUGUAAUGGCAGCUAUUGGUAUACAGUGAACGCUGUCGAUCUGGAGUCUGUUUUUUCUGAAGCACGUGUGGCCACCUUGACUCUGACUGCAAUUCAAACAGCAGUUCCAAAUUUCUCCUGCUCUUUACUGUUCUUUAAUGGCAGACCUGAAGAGUAGACUUCAGGUUUCCAAAGCAUUAAUACGAACAGUACUUGAGACUGGAAGACAUUCAGUAAGGCUGUUUUUUGGGAGUCAGCAGAAGUGUGGUCCUCUGAAGGAAAUCCAAACCCACCAAGAUAAGGAACUGCUGAGAGUGUGUGACACCUUUCACAAUUUUGGGAUCAACAUUGUGAAAGAGAUUUUCAAUUCCAACUUAAACUCGAGAAACCCAGUCACGUUUUGAACUUGUGCAUGGUUUGCAGUGUGGUGUUUUAAUUCGUGCAACAAUAUGGCACUCUUGGAGAAACAGACUCCGGCUCAAUAGGUUUUCCAUUUACCUACUGGAAUUUUUCAUCUUUGUUCAUUGUACAUUCCUCAUUUUAAUUUACAUAACCUGCCAGGUAUUUAAGUUGUUUUUUUAUUUUAUUUUAAAAUAGCUUCUUUUUUUUUUUAAAGACUUCCUUUUGUAUGUUUGUUUCAUUUUAUUGUAUCGUGACUUUCAAACAUGGCAUUUCCUUUCAAGUCCUUAAUCUUUUUUUGUUCAAAAAUGUCUUUGUACAUACUUUUUUUUUAAAGCCUGUUCAAAACUUUGCGCGGUGAAGCCAAGCCAUAAUGUUUUGAGUGGGUAGGAUAACUCACUUAACGGAGCAGUCCAAGUUGUUUGACAUGCUGACUGUAACCAGCUUGUGCAUGCUCUGAAUUGCUGAAAGAGGAACUGCAUUGGUGAUCUGAAGGUUUUGGGGAUGUCGCAGAAAGGUCGGGGGUAGACAGAAGCGUUGAUUUAGGGUAAAUGAGAGAGGAGAGGAGAGUUUUGCCUUUUUGUUUUUGGUUUCAGAAUUAAGUCUUGUUCUUAAUUGGAACACGGGGGAGCACAAGAGGCAAAUGUGAAGGCUUAUUAUUGUAUGUCGUAGGUGGAUGGAGGGCAGGAAGUGUUUGGUGUCAAAUUGUUGAGAGGAGAAGCAAGUGGUGAUGCAUGACAAGGUUGAUGCGUUUCGAUAGUCUUAGGCAAAGAGAUGAGGAAAGGCCUCUCAGUAGGCGUCUGAUGAAGCAUUAGCAAUAGUUAUGGUUCAAACAAAGUUUUCUUUUAGCUAAAUUGGUAAUGACGGCAUGAGAUAAGGAUCCUCAAGCACUGCAGGAAAUCAGUGCUUCAAGAGCUGCAACUUGGCUGGAAAGGAUGAAUGCAUUGGCCAGGAGUGGUGGAGGGCAGAAGACGUUGUAAAUAAAGGCAACAAAACAGGGUUCUCUGUAAAUGUCUUGUACAGUGUGAAGUGCCAAGUACAAUUAAAUUCCUGACAGCA